UCCAACACAAACUCACAGUCCUGGAGAGAAAGCGAAGUAAAAUAUCGGAACCGACGAGUGAUUAUGGCUUUGCCUAUGGUCUGCUCUGUUUCUUCUAUCCAAUCCUCAAACCAAUUGCAUUGUUUUUCUCUAAGAAAAGAAAAAUUGGGACUUUAUAGAUUACAAUCGUGGAGCUCUCAUCAGGAGAAUCAUAGAUCGGUUAGACUUGGUAAAAGAGCGUUUCCAAAGAGAUUUGCUGUAAAAAUGACUGAUAGUUCUGCAUCCACUUUGCCUCUGAGUAUCUGCCGAUCAAAGAAAGUUUGGAUAUGGACUGAGUGCAAAGAGGUCAUGACGGUUGCAGUAGAACGCGGGUGGAACACGUUUAUCUUCUCAUCAGACAAUCGAGAAAUUUCAGAUGAGUGGUCAUCGGUUUCCUUGAUGGAUACAUUGUUUAUUGAUGAGAGGCAAGUUACUGAUGUUGCGGGAAAAGUUGUAGCUGCGGUCUUUGAAGUUUCAACACCCGAGGAACUACAGAAGCUUAAGAUCGAAAAUGAGCAGACGGAAAAUAUUGUUCUUGAUUUCUUAUACUGGAAGUCAAUCCCGGCUGAGAAUCUAGUGGCGGCUCUCCAAGGAAGUGAGAAAACGGUGUUUGCCGUUUCAAAUACUGCCUCCGAAGCAAAACUAUACCUCGAGGCUUUAGAACACGGCCUUGGUGGAAUCGUUCUUAAAACCCAAGAUGUCGAAGCUGUUCUUGAUCUAAAGGAAUACUUUGACAAAAGGAAUGAAGAAAGUGAUACAUUAAGCUUGACGGAAGCUACUAUAACUCGGGUUCAAAUGGUCGGUAUGGGCGACCGAGUCUGUGUUGAUCUUUGCAGUCUUAUGAGACCCGGUGAAGGCCUUCUUGUAUGUUUGCCUGUUGGAUCUUUUGCAAGAGGACUCUUCCUGGUUCACUCGGAAUGCAUGGAGUCUAAUUACAUUGCAAGCAGGCCGUUUAGAGUUAACGCUGGACCAGUUCAUGCUUAUGUUGCUGUUCCAGGUGAAAAGACUUGUUACCUCUCGGAGUUAAGGACAGGAAGAGAGGUAAUCGUUGUUGAUCAGAAAGGAAAACAGAGGACAGCAGUUGUUGGGCGAGUGAAAAUUGAGAAGCGCCCGCUUAUCCUCGUGGAGGCUAAGCUUAGUGCAAAGGAGGAGGAAAUGAGUUUUAGCAUUAUCCUACAGAACGUGGAAACAGUUGCAUUAGUCACUCCUCAUCAAGUAAACUCAUCUCGGGAAACUGCUGUUCCCGUGACCUCGCUGAAACCCGGGGAUCAAGUUUUGAUCAGGUUACAGGGCGGUGCACGCCAUACCGGUAUAGAGAUUCAGGAAUUCAUUGUUGAGAAUUGAUCAAAGACUUUCGGAUAACACUGAGACGUAUCAAGUAAAAGGUUUCUGCCUAUUCAUGUCUUGUUUUUAUAUAUGGUCUUGAUUGUUUCAGACUUAGCUUUCAUGUUUAGUUAGUUACAGACUUUAUCCUUAUGUUUGCGUUUGACGUUUACGCUUAUAACUGACAAAUAAAUUUUGCAAAGUUGCGAAUUCGUUACUAAACGUAAACAAAAACAUCAAUAGAUCGAUUUCAGUGA